AUGGUGCUCGUCACCCUCUACAUAAUCGAGCUUCGCGAUGCCGAAGAGGGCGGGCUCGAGCUCGUCGACCCGUCAUGGUGCCCGGAAGAGGGUCCCCCACGGAAGAAGGUCAAGUCACCGCCGGCCAUUUCCCCCACUGGCUCUUCCGCUUCCCUCUAUUCCGGCGCCUCAUCCAGCAUCGACUGGACCACGACGGGCACAACGCUGGAGAUGCAGGGUACGCGCGUGACGCGUACACAGUACGGAUUCCGCACGCUGCAACAGUCGGCCGCUAAGAUGUGCCUGAAAGUGACCGGGUACCCCCUCCCGGACAUUACAUGGUACAAAGACGACGUACUCCUUCACGAGGACGAGCGGCACACGUUCUACGCCGACGACGACGGCUUCUUCGCGAUGACCAUCGACCCGGUGCACGUCGACGACACCGGCAGGUACACAUGCAUGGCCACCAACGAGUACGGCCAGGCGUCCACUUCGGCCUUUUUCCGGGUCCUGAAGGUGGAGAAGGAGGCAGCUCCCCCAGCCUUCGUCUCCUCCCUGCGGGACCAGGAGUGUAAGGAGGGCGAGACGAUCGCCUUCGAAUGCGAGGUGGAAGGAUGGCCGGAGCCUGAACUGCUCUGGCUCGUCGAUGACCAACCCCUGAGGCCAUCCGCCGAUUUCAAGCUCCAAUAUGACGGCCAGAACGCGAGGCUCGAGAUCCGCGACGCGCAGCCGGACGAUACUGGCGUCUACUGUGUCCGGAUCCAGAACGAGCAUGGCAGCCAGGAGUCGAAGGCCAACCUCGCCGUCCAGGCCGACCCCGACAAGAAUCACGUGCCACCAGAGUUCCAGGCCGUAAUCGAAGACGUCGAAUGCCGAGAGGGAGAUGAGGUCCGAUUCAAGGCCGUCUACACCGGCGACCCGAACCCAGAAAUCCAAUGGACGAUCAAUGGCAUUCCGAUCACGGAGAGCGAGAAGAUCAGAAUGAUCUCCGAGGACGGAAUUUGCAUUCUGACCAUCAAGGACGUUACCAGACAUUUUGACGGCAUUGUCACCUGCCAGGCAAACAAUCGACUCGGCACCGCCAACUGUGACGCUCGACUUCGGGUCCGUGUUCCCCCAACACCGCCCACGUUCAGUACGCCGCUAGAGGACAAAAUUACCCAAGAAAAAUGCGUGGUCACCUUCGAAGUAGAGGUGGCCGGAUUCCCCGAUCCGAUGAUCGAGUUCAAGCUCAAGGGAAAGACGCUCCGCCACGGCGAGAACGGCGUGGAAAUCGUGGGAGGUGAUGGCUGCUACAGGCUCACCAUCGCCAACUGCUCCAUGGAUGAGCACGACGGGGAGCUGGUGUGUACGGCUCGAAACGAGCACGGACAAGCCGAAUCUCGUUGCCGCCUUUCCGUGGAGCCGCAGGAGGACGACUCGGUGUCGGCUCCGACUUUCUUGAAGGACAUCGAGGAUCAGACCGUCAAAGAGGGCCAAGAGGCCAUCUUCGAGACCACCGUCCGCGGGAACCCCAACCCGGAAGUUUCAUGGUAUAUCAACGGCCAUAAGAUGGACGGCUCGACACCGGGCGUGAAGAUCAACGUCAGCGGCCAGGACCACAAGAUCAUCAUCGACAGCGCGAGCUAUGCUGGAACGAUCUUGUGCAGGGCCGAGAACUCGAUCGGCCGCUUCGAGACCAAGGCGAAACUUGUCGUGCUGCCGGUGGAGAAGCCGAAGAAGGCACCAGUGUUCAGACAAGGACUCGUAGAUGAGACUGUCGUUGAGGGGGCAUCUGUUGUUUUUGAAGUUGCUGUCGAUGGAGAGCCGAAGCCGACUCUUGCUUUUACGCUGAAUGGAAAGGCACUACAGGAGGGACAGAAUGUCCGUCUCCGCGAGUUCGACGGUCAAUGGAAACUCGAGCUCCUGAACAUCAAGCUAGAAGAGGCCGGUGAGCUCGUCGCUACCGCCACCAACUCCCAGGGCCAAGCCACCUCCACAUCACGGCUCAACGUCGGCAGGAAGCCGUUCGCCCCCAGAUUCAGCCAGACACCCAAGAGUCUGACUGUCACUGAAGGGGAAGAGGCUGUAUUUACGGCAAAGGCUGAUGGCCAGCCACUUCCCACGUAUCUUUGGAGUGUUGAUGGGCGGAAGGUUGAUGCUCACACGAUCACCCAGCACGAGGAGAAGCGCCUGGAGACGACAACCACCAUUAAGGUCACACAGAGCCCUAUCACCGAGACGACGACCGAAACUCGGACCACCUUCGACAGUGAGGGGAGAGAGACGGGCCGGGAAACGAGUGUACGUACCGAACUCGUCGGGCAGGAGACGUCGCACAUCUCCACGAAGACGACUACGGAGCACGAGGCGUCCGACAGCGCUACACGGCUCAGCCAGCAGGCUGAUGGUUCCGGUCCAUACCCGCCGCCACCCAGCGAUGGACAUCAAACUACACGCCAAACAGAGAUCCGAGUCGAAAAUUAUGAAGAGACCACCACCACCACCAGCGAGCAGACCGAAGAAACGACCGAGACCUCAUCGACCACCACCACCAUCUCCAAGCCCAAAAAGAAGAAGCUCAACGGGGUCAAGAAGGCCAACGGCAGCUCCGAUUUGGAAGCCUCGAGCCGGGAAGCCAGCUUCGAUCGCCAGCUCUCCACCACCUCUUCGGGUUCUUCGAUCCGUUCCGCCUUGGCCAAGUCGCCGUCGCAGAACGGUAGUCGCAAGAAUGUCCGCUUUGCCGAUGCUCCACGCGUCACGCGUGCGUUGCGGCCGCAGAACGUCGGCAAGGGUGACCUCGCCCAUUAUGAGGCUGUUAUCGAGAAUGCCGCUUCGGUCACGUGGACCCAUAAUGGACAGCCGCUGACGAAUGGAGCACCAGGUGUCAAAAUCUCGCAAGACGACAAAUUCGAGUUCCGGCUGUCGCUGGACACAGCCAUCUUCGGGUCCGGAACGGUCCAAGUCGUCGGCCAGAACCCGGGCGGACAAGCCGAAUCCGCGGCCGAUCUUGGCGUCACCGAACCCCCAAAGGAGACGAAGAAGCCCGAGUUCACCGACAAGCUCACCGACAUUGCCGUCACGCGUGGGCAGCCCUUCCAGGUGGACGUCAUCGCGCUGAAUGGCCCCGAGUUCAAGUGGACCCUGAAUGGGACGCCGAUGCAGGACGGCAAAAACGGCGUCCACAUUGCCCAGGAUGGCAACAAGGGCACGCUGAAGGUCGAUGCCGCUGAUGAUAGCCAUCGCGGCACCGUCACCGUACAAGCCAGCAAUGAAGUGAAUGAGCCGGCCAAGGCCCCGCAGAUCAGCGACGGCCCCUACAGCACCACCGUCAAGGAGCACGAGCAGGCCAAGUUCAGCGUCACCAUCACCGGCACCCCGGCCCCAACUGUCAAGUGGUUGUUGAACGAGCAGGUCAUCGAACAGACAUCCACGAUCACGACCACGAGCUCCGGGACCGAGUAUUCCCUGACCUUCUCGGACUCGCAGCUCUCACACUCGGGCUCCAUCAAGGUGACCGCGCAGAAUUCUGCCGGCAUGGACGAGAAGCAAGCGUCCCUGACGGUGCAGCAAGGAUUCAGCAAGCCCACUAUCACCUCCAAAUUGAACGACACUUCCGCAGAAGAGGAUUCCCCCGUCCGCUUCGAGGUUCAACUGGAUAAGCCGCAGCCUGGCACCUCAGUCAAGUGGUACCUUAACGGAAAUGAGCUGAAGAACGAUGGACCGGUGCAGAUUGUCGAUCACGGCGAUGGCACCUACCAUCUAACCCUGGCCCAACCUAAACCGGAUAUGACCGGAAAGCUGACCGUAAAGGUCGAAAACCCGGCCGGAAGCGAUGAACAAUCAGCCCAACUGACAGUUGGUGGCAGCAAGAAGAAGCCGGUCUUUGAAAAAUCCCCUCAGAACCACGAUGCCUUUGUUGACGACGAGAGCGUCAAGUUCUCGGCCAUUGUCCAUGGUACACCGACCCCAACGGUGACCUGGUCCCUCAACGGCCAGAAGCUGGUUAAUGGAGAUGAUGUCAAGGUCAAGCAUGAACCGGAGACCGGCAAGACUUCCAUCCGCAUCUUCAAGCCGCAGUUGAACCAUACUGGAACUGUGCAAGUCAAGGCUGAAAAUGAGGCCGGAAGUGUGGAGGCCACUGCGCAACUCAAGGUCGAGAAGAAGCCAGAGAUGCCCCGCUUCACGACCAAUAUGGACGACAGACAAGUGAAUGAGGGAGAAACGAUCAAGUAUUCCACUACUGUCGAAGGGUUCCCAGAACCGAGUGUGGAAUGGACCCUCAACGGAAAACCCGUCUCUCAGUUCCCGAAUAUCAAGACGACCAGUGACGGCAAUAAGCAUAAUAUUGAAAUCGCCGAGAUCCCGACCGAUCAGUCGGGAGAGUUGUCUUGCAGCGCGACCAACUCGGCUGGACACAAGAAACAGUCCUGCCAACUUCAGGUCAAACUCACUGGAGAUGCCCCUACUUUUGGACAACAACUAGAAGAACGAUUGGUUGUUGAGGGAGAGUUGGUGUUGAUGGGCUGUAGAGUCAACGACGUCAAGCCGAAGCCGAAAAUCACUUGGUACCGCGAUGGAAAGGAAAUCCCCCAGGGAGACUCACACUUCAAGCUCAUCGAGAACCCCGACGGUACCCACCAGCUUCGCAUCGUUGAGGCGAAACUGGAAGAUAAGGGAAGGAUCACGGUCAAGGCCGAGAAUACCUUCGGAGCUUCGGAAACUUCUGCAUCUCUCGGUGUGACCAAAAAACGCCCAAUGGCCAAGCCCGCCUUCCAGUCGGAUAUCCCGCCAACAACUGUGAUGGAGGGAGAAUCCCUGCGUGUCAAUGUCCUCAUCACCGGCGACCCGACCCCCUUCGUCAAGUGGUAUAUCAACGGGCAAAUGGUGUGUGAGACGCCGGAUACGGAAUUGAGCUCCGCGAAUGGUGUAUAUACCAUGGUGAUCCAUGGCUGCACGACAGACAUGACCGGCAAGAUCAAGUGCGUCGCGUACAACAAGGCCGGUGAGGUGCAGACUGAGGGCCCGUUGAAGGUCAUCACCCCGGUUCCCGUCGAGUUCGAGACGUCCCUCUGCGACGCGACCUGUCGUGAGGGAGACACUCUUAAACUCAAAGCUGUUCUUUUGGGAGAACCUACACCUGUCGUAACUUGGUAUAUCAAUGGCAAGAAACUUGAGGAAAGCCAAAACAUCAAGAUCCACGCCGAGAAAGGCACCUACACCGUCACGAUCAAGGACAUCACAUGUGACUACAGUGGAAAGGUCGUCUGCGAGGCGAUCAACGAGUACGGCAAGGCCUCCUCGGAGGCUAUGCUGCUCGUACUCCCCCGAGGUGAACCCCCAGAUUUCCUGGAGUGGCUCUCGAAUGUCAAGGCGCGCCAGGGAAGCAAAAUCGUGCACCAUGUCGUCUUCACCGGAGACCCGAAACCGGAACUGACUUGGUAUAUCAACAACAAGAAGGCCGUCAACGGGACCGAGUUCGAGAUUGUCACCACAGAUACCACCUCGACGUUGACGAUCAAUGACUUCAAUCCGGACAAGCAUGUUGGAGAGAUCAUCUGCAAGGCGGAGAACGACGCCGGAGAGGUGUCGUGCACAGCCAAUAUGCAUACGUACACCUCGGAGAUGUUCUCGGAGUCCGACUCGGAUGUGGUCGGAAGGGACGACCUGGGAGGGACGGAUGAGGAGAGCCUCACCGAGGAGAUCAUCCGGCGCACCCCGACCCCAAUUGCCGCACCCAAGUUCAUCGAGAGAAUCCAGGACACCAAGGCGAAGAAGGGGCACAAGGCAGUCUUCGAGUGCGUCGUCCCGGAUACGAAGGGUGUUGUGUGCAAGUGGUUGAAGGAUGGAAAGGAGCUCGAGCUCAUCGCCAGGAUCCAUGUGAGGACGAGGACCAUUGAGGGCUUCACCACGCAUGAGCUGGAGAUUGAGGAUGUGCAGCCGGAGGAUGCUGGAAAAUACACCUGCAUCGUCGAGAACCCGCAGGGAUUGGAUAAAUGUGAUGCCAACUUGCAAGUGCUUGAAGUUCUCGAGAAAGCCCCACCAAACCCCCAGAGUUCAUCGUCAAGCUCCAAGACAAAACUGUCGGCGUCACCGACAAGGUCGCCUUCGAGUGCAAGGUCACCGGCGACCCGAUGCCAAAGUGCACAUGGUACCACGGAGAGCCAUGCCGGCAAGGUCACGUGUGUGGCUGAGAAUGAAGCGGGUACCAGCAAGACGACAGCGCAGUUGAUCAUCGAAUCAUCCGCCCCCGUCUUCACGAAGUCGCUCGAAGAUCGAUUCGUGACAAUCGGAGAAACUGUUGCCCUGGCCUGCUCUACCCAAAAGAUCGUCUCCAGCGAGCGCAUCAAGGUCGAGCACGACGCCGCCAACACCAACUGGCGCCUCCUCAUCACGGAGUGCACCCAAGAAGACCUUGUCCGCUACCGUGCCGUCGCCACAAACUCGGCAGGUUCAGCGAAAACGGAAGCUUUGGUGCAACUGAAGAUCGAUGCGCCAAAGAUUGAGGACGGGCUCAAGGACCGGAAGGUCAAGGAGAAGGAUACUAUCGAAAUGGAGGCCAAGGUUUCCGGAACGAUCCCCGAAAUCAAGUGGUUCAAGGAUGGACAGCCCCUACGUCCGGAUGGAAAUCGUGUGAUUGCGCAGGACUGCGGAAACGGCGUCUACAAACUCAUUAUCAAAGACGCACAGCGCAGCGAUGCCGGUCAGUACAAGAUUCAGGUGUCGAACCCGGCCGGCAAGGUCGAUUCGUCUGCUUGGGCUGAGGUGGCCUCAUUUUAUGAACCGGCCCAAUGGACGCAGCCACUCUCCGACACGCAAGUACUCGAGAAGCAGUGCGUGACGUUGAGCGCUGCAGUCACGGGAAUACCAUCCCCGUCUGUGGAAUGGCUCAAGGAUGGUCAGCCCGUGAAGGCAGACGGCUUCCACGUGACGAUCAAGGAGAGUCAGGAGGGAGUUCACUCAAUCACGAUCGAUGAGGCUCGAGCAGAGGAUGAGGGCCGAUACUCCGCUAUCGCUAAGAAUACGAUUGGCGAGGCAACUACCGCAGCCAACUUUGCGGUUAUUCGCGAUUACGUACCUCCAGAGUUCAUCGAAAAGUUGAGGAACAUUGAGGUGAAGGAGAAGGAAAACGCUACCUACACUGUGGUCGUGAAAGGAGACCCGAAACCGACUGUAGAAUGGCUCAAAGAUGGCCAACCCGUACAACUUGAUGGCCAGCAUCUCGUGGCUAAGGAUGAGGGCAACGGCAAGUUCUCGUUGACCAUCACCGAUGCACGACUUUCUGACGUUGGUUCUUACACGGCUCGCGCGAAGAGCGUCGCUGGACAUGCGGAAAGCACUGCCAAGUUUGCCGUCAUCAAGACGCUCAGCGCCCCCGAAUUUGUCGAGCCGCUGAAGAACCUCGAGGUCAAGGAGAAGGACACCGCCACGUAUACCACAGUCGUCAAGGGCGAGCCUGAACCUAAGGUUUCUUGGCUGAAGGACGGGCAACCUGUCCAGGUCGAUGGCCAGCACGUUGCCGCCAAGGAUGAGGGCAACGGCAAGUUCUCGCUAACCAUCUCUGAUGCUCGCCAAUCCGACGUCGGCAACUACACCUGCCAAGCCAAGAACGAGGCCGGACAAGCUGAGACCAGCGCCAAGUUUGCGAUCGUCAAGUCUCUGCAAGGACCUGUGUUCACGGAAGGGCUGAAGCCGGUUGAAGUGAAGGAACAGGAAACUGCAACUCUGUCCGUGACCGUUCAAGGAGAGCCCGCACCUACAGUAGCGUGGCUCAAAGACGGACAACCAGUGCAAAUCGACAACCAGCACGUACUGGCUCGAGACGGAGGCAACGGCCACUUUGAAUUGGUCAUCAAGGACGCGCGACAAUCUGAUAUUGGCCGCUACACCUGCAAGGCCACAAACCCUGCAGGACAAGCCGAGACUCAAGGAAAUGUCGCUGUCAUCGAAGAUGUGCAGGCCCCUCGUUUCACGGACGGCCUGAAAGGACUGGAAGUUGAGGAAGGAAAACCUGCACAGCUCGACGUCACCGUCAUCGGAAAACCCGAGCCCCAAGUGGAGUGGUUCAAGGACGGACAACCGGUGCUCAUCGACAACCAGCACGUGGUUUCCAAGAAGGACGAACAAGGCCACCACUCCCUGGUUAUCCGGGACGUGGCCAAGGCUGAUCUCGGAACGUACACCUGCCAAGCUACAAAUAAGGCCGGAAAGGCCGAGACGCUUGGAGAGAUCAAGGUGCCGAAGUACGGCUUCGAAAAAGUUGGCGGCGAGCAUGUCGAGCCAAUGUUCAUCGAGCCACUUCGUGAGCAUCUAGCCAAGGAGGGCGACAACGUCGUCCUUGAGUGCAAGGUCAACAAGGAGUCGAAGCCGGAAGUGCGGUUCUUCAAAGACGGAAAGCCGGUCGAGCUCGGCCCACAUAUGGCACUUGAAGUCCGUGAGGAUGGCACCAUUCGGUUGACCAUCAACAAUGCGACGAAGGAGGAUGUCGGCUCGUACAAGUGCGAGGCCUUCAACCCUGUUGGAAUCGCGCGCACUGAUGCUCCGUUGGAGCUGAAGCACGCUGGAGAAGGUGUGGAAGAUCUGGGCGAAGAAGGAGUGCUUGGCGGGCUUGAUGAGAUGCCGAAGGCCGAAACCGCAAAACAAGACGGUGGUGAGGGACCGCCAGAGUUUGUCGAGCUGCUCCGGUCGUGUACGGUUGAGGACGGCUCGAAGGCGGUGCUGAAGUGCCGUGUAAAGGGCGCGCCCAAGCCGACGAUCAAGUGGACCAAGGAUGGCAAGACCGUGGAUAUUGGUACCCGAAUCCGCAGCGAGUUGGCUGAGGACGGCACCAUCACGCUGUCCUUCGACUCAACUACUCAAGCCGACGCCGGCGAGUACAGAUGCUUUGCUGAGAACAAGCACGGAAGCGCCUGGACCGAAGGCCCGCUGAUCGUCGUCCAGAAGGGAGCCCCACUCCCCUCUGGAGAUGCUCCGGACUUCCUUCAGCCUGUCCGACCCGUUGUUGUUACCGACGGCGAGACGGCAGUGCUUGAGGGCAAGAUCUCCGGCAAGCCGAAGCCCACCGUCAAGUGGUACAAGAAUGGCGAAGAGUUGAAGCCGUCCAACCGGGUUACCAUCGAAGAUUUGGCCGACGGUACUGUGAGGCUGACCAUCAAGAACGCCUCGAAGGAAGACAUGUCCGAGUACCGCUGCGCCGCCACCAACGAGUUGGGCGAGGUGUGGUGCGACGCGACGUUGACCGUCAAGCCUAAAGGAGAGGAGAAGGCCCCGGCUUUCACAAAGGAGCUUGCUCCAACUUCGGUAAACGAUGGCGAGAAGGCCGUGUUUGAGUGCAAAGUCGAUGGCGACCCGCUGCCCAAGAUCGCUUGGUCGUGCGACGGCAAGCCAAUCGAAGACGGCAAGAACGGCAUCAAGCUGGAGAGCCUCCCCGACGGCACUCAACGACUGUCAAUUGAUGCUGCUUCCCCCGCCCAGCAGGGCAACUACAAGGUCGAGGCCACCAACGACGCCGGAACGGCUAGCAGUCGCGCGCCACUCACCGUCAACCCCGCGUCAUCUGGUCUCAAGAUCAAGCGCGGACUGGAGGACGUCACGGUCCAGAAGGGCGUGAAGAUUCGACUCUCCGUAGAGGUCGAGGGCCGCCCGAAGACCGUCAAGUGGUACAAGGGCACCGAGCAGGUCACAUCAACAAAGACCACCCGCCUCGAGCAAGUCUCCGAGAACGAGUACGCGCUCGUCAUCGAGGCCGCCGAGAUGGCCGACACGGACUCGUACCGCGUUGUGCUGUCCACCGACGGUGAAGCGGUCGAAUCGUCGUGCCGUGUCACUGUGGUGGAUGGUGGUGACAAGACGCCGACGUUCAAGAAGGGACUCUCUGACAAGAAGGUCCCCAAGGGGCAACCCCUCGUCCUCGACAUCGAGGUCGAUGGCAAACCGAAGGCCGUCAAGUGGUACAAGGGCAACGACGAGAUCAAGGACGGGCCCAAGGCCAAGAUCGAGGCCCUUGGAGAUGGAAAGUACCGACUUACCAUCCCGGAUUUCCAGGGAGACGAUGUGGGCGACUACCGCGUGGUCGUCUCCAACGACGCCGGCGAGGCCAAGAGCUCUGGAAAGGCCGACUUGGCUGACGGUGGCGCCAAGCCGGAAAUUGUUUCCGGUCUAGUACCUAUCUCGGUAGCUGCCGGAGAGACGGCCACGUUCCGCGUCAAGACCAAGGGGCCCAUCGACAGCGUCAAGUGGUACAAGAACGGACAGGAGAUCCCCGCCCCGAAGGCCGAGGCCCUUGGGGAUGGCGUCUACCAGUUGACGAUCCCCAACGCCAAGAAGGACGACGAGGCUGAGUACAAGGUGGUACUCGGCAACGCCGCCGGAGACGUCGACUCUUCUGCAGCCCUCACCGUCAAGCCCGAGGCCAAGAAGGACGAGCCCAAGAAGCCAGAGCAACUCGGCAUCAAGCGGAAGCUGCAGGACACCACAGUUCCCAAAGGCGAAGACGCCGUUCUGGAGAUCGAGACCACGAAGCCACCAAAGGAGGUGAAGUGGUACAAGAACGGCAAGGAGGUCGCUGGAAAAAUCAAAGCUGAAAAGGUUGACGACAACAAGUACCGCCUCGUCAUCCCCAAGUGCGAUGAUGACGAUGUGGCUGAUUACAAGGUUGUUCUGAAGGAUGAUGACGGCUUUGAAGUCGAGGAUUCUUGCCGUCUGACGGUGAAGUUGCCGGGCGAUGAGAAGCCUAGCAAGGCAGGAGAUGACGGACCGAAGUUUGGCCUGAAAAAGGGACUCCAAGACACGAGCGUACCGCAAGGAGAAGACGGAAUUCUGGAAGUGGAGGCGACCAAACCGCCGAAGGAGGUCAAGUGGUACAAGAAUGGCAAGGAGGUCUCUGGAAAGGUGAAGGCUGAGAAGAUUGACGAUAACAAGUAUCGCCUGACGAUUCCAAAGUGCGACCAGGAAGAUGAGGCCAACUACAAGGUGGUCUUGAAGGACGACGACGGUUUCGAGGUUGAAGACUCUUGUGCCUUGACUGUCAAACUGCCGAAGAAGGAUGACGGGGGCAAGUUCGGAUUGAAGAGGGGACUUCAAGACACUGCUGUACCUCAAGGAGAAGAUGGUGUCCUCGAGGUCGAAACUACCAAGCCCGCCAAGGAGGUCAAGUGGUAUAAGAACGGCCGCGAAGUCACCGGAAAAGUCAAGCCAGAGAAAAUCGACGACAACAAGUACCGUCUAACCAUUCCCAAAUGCGACCAAGACGACGAGGCCAACUACAAGGUGGUCUUGAAGGACGACGACGGUUUCGAGGUUGAAGACUCUUGUGCCUUGACCGUCAAACUACCAAAGAAAGAUGAUGGUAAGAAGGACGACGGUGCUCCUGGCUUCAAAAAGGGGCUGGAAGACCUUAUCGUCCCCAAGGGCAAGCCAAUUCACUUGGAGGUCGAGACAACUGGCUCUCCAAAGCAAGUCAAGUGGUACAGGAAUGGCCGGGAGUUAACCGACGCCGAUGCGAAACCCACGAAGCUUGAUGACAACCGUUUCGCCCUCGACAUCACGCAGGCCGGCCCGAACGACGAGGGCCCAUACAAGGUCGAGAUCUCGAACGACCACGGAUCCGCCACCUCUGAGGGCAAGGUCGAGGUGGACGAGCCGCUGACAUUCCUUCGCCCACUCAAGGAUGUUGAUGUGGUGGAGGGAGAAGAAGCUGGCUUUGUCGUGGAGACAAAUGCGCGGGUUAGGACCGUCCGCUGGUACUCGAACGGACGGGAGCUGGUCGCAAAUGAGCGGCUACAAAUCACUGCCGAAGGAAAGAGCUUCCGGCUGACAAUCAGAAGAGCCGAGAAGAGCGACGCCGGAGAGAUCAAGGUCGUGCUCGGUAAUGCCGCCGGUGAGGCCGAGUCCUCUGCGAAGCUGACGGUGAAGAAGGGUACCAAGGGAGCACCGAAGAUCCUGAAGGGACUUGAGGAUGCUGUCGUGGCAAAGGGUGAUAAGCUCGUCUUCGAAGUUAAGGUCGAGGGCGAUGAUGUCACGGUGAAGUGGCUGAAGGAUGGAGCACCAAUUCCCGCCUCAGCAAAUGCUGUCAUCGAGAAGAUCGACGAUAAUACCUAUCGCCUGACCAUCCCUAAAGCCGACGUUGGCGAUGCUGGCAAAUACACCGCUGAAGCGUCGAACGACGCUGGCAAGGCCAAAUCAGACGCGAAGGGAGAGGUUGACGAGAAGCCCGAGAUCACCCGGGCUCUUGAGCCAGCUGCGAUCGAUGUGGGAGAUGAUCAUAUCUUCCGUGUCGAAGUCUCGAAGCCGGUCCGCCAGGUGAAGUGGUAUCGCAACGGGCAAGAGCUAAAACCCGACAAGCACAUCGAACCCCGCCAAGUCAACCCCAAGAAGUUCGAGCUGGCCAUCAACAAGGCGCUGCUCGACGAUGGGGCCACGUACAAGGUGGUCCUGUCCAACGCAGCAGGCGAGUGCGAAUCGUCGGCCGAGCUGACGGUGGCCAAGCCCGAGUCGCUGAAGCUGCUUGAGGGACUCAAGGACGUGACCGUCGAUGAGGGACAGCCUAUAGAACUGAAGGUGAAAGUCGAAGGCCGACCUCGUCAGGUCAAGUGGUACCGCAACGGGCAGGAGCUUGCCCCAGGUGACGGCCUGGAGUUGAAGGCAAACCCGGAGAGCGGCGAGUACUCGCUGCGGAUCCCGGCUGCAAAGAAGUCCGAUGGAGCUGCAUAUCGCGUCGUACUGUCCGGUGAGAAGAAGGGCGUGGAGGUGGCAUCGGGGGCUGUGGCUCACGUCAAGGCCGAGAGGCCGAAAGCCGAGCCUAAGCCAGCCAUCUUCAUGCAACCGUUGCGUGACACCGAGGUGCCGGAAGGGGAGACGUUGACGCUGACUUGCCAGAUCGGCGGCGACCCGCUCCCCGCUCUCACCUGGUUCAAGGACGGCGCCGAGCUCGUCAAGGACGAUCGCACCACAUGGCGAGUCGCUCUUGACGGCACGGCAACGCUACGUGUCCGUGACGCCCGCGCCUCCGACUUUGGCACCUACAAGGUCGUCGCCAAGAACGACGCCGGCGAGGCGGACAGCCAAUGCAAAGUCUCCGUUUCUGCUCGAAAGGAGGAGGCCCAGCCUCCGAAGUUUGUCAUCCCGCUUCGAGCGUGUGCCAACGCGCUGGGCGCCAAGCAGGAGUUCAACGUCAAGGUUCGCGGACAUCCGAAGCCAACUCUGGAAUGGACGAUCGAUGGAAAGCCGCUUGUCCAAGACGGCAGAAUCACGGUCGAAGACAUGGCUGACGGCAACUAUUGCCUAACCAUCCGUGACAUCCGUGCCGAAGACUUUGGCGUCAUCCGUUGCGUCGCCAAGAAUGAGAAUGGCAGCGAUGAUUGCGAGGCCAAGUUCGUGCAGGGUGUCCCGCAAGAAGGUGUCGAUCGGGAGGGCGAGGGCUAUCCGCCAAAGUUCAACGUCCCCCUGUGGGAUCGUCGGAUCCCGGUUGGAGAUGUUCUGGCAAUCGAGUGCCAUGUCGAUGCCAAGCCUCAUGCUUCGAUCAAAUGGUUCAAGGACAACGUCGAACUGCUUGAGAGCGAGCUGUGUGAGAUCCGAAACUCUGCCGAUGGUGCCUGCCGCGUAAGGCUUGCCCGCUUCACUGAAGAACUCACCGGCUGCUACCGUUGCCAGGCAACCAACUGCUAUGGUGUGGCUGAUACUCGGGCGUACUACGAGGUCGAGCUCUUCAAGGAGGAGGAGAUCGUCGAGAAGAAGGAACGAGCACCCAAGUUCAACCCCGGCCUUGAGGACAAGACCACCCGAGUUGGGGAGCGCCUCGUACUUUCUUGCAAGGUCGAUGGCUCGCCUCUCUUGGUCAUCACCUGGUACAAGGAUGGAUGCCCAGUACGAGCAGAUGGGCGACACAGUCUAGAAGGACCGGAUGAGAACGGUAUUUGCCAACUGAUAAUCCACGACGUACUCCCCGAAGAUGAGGGCGCAUAUCGGUGCGUGGCCGAGAAUAGCUUGGGAAGCUGCAACACCGCUUGCCAAGUAACCGUCAAGACCGAGAAGGUCGAGAAGAAGCGUGAAGGGGAGGAGCCGUCAUUUACCAAGGGUUUGGUGGAUGCCUGGACCGAGCGUGGUGCUUCGCUUACGUUGAAGUGCGAGGUCCGUGGCGAUCCAUUCCCAGAGAUCAAGUGGUAUCGCAAUGGAGCGCUUGUCCGCAAUGGCCCACGGACUCGGGUGGAGACAACGCCAGAAGGAGUUUGUACUCUAACCGUCUCUGAAUGCACAAUGAGUGACGAGGGCAUCUACAGGUGCGAGGCCGAGAACAAGCACGGAAAGGCCAAGACCCAAGCCACCGCCCAUGUCGACAUGGGACUCGGAAAGGCCGAUAAGGCCCCGAUUGUGGAGGGAGAAGCCCCGCGGUUCGUGAUCCCGCUCUCCGACUGCACGCUGAGACUCGGAUCGACGCUUGAGUUGGAGUGUAAGGUGACCGGAAAGCCGAUGCCGAAUGUGAAGUGGAGCAAGGAUGGUGCGCUGGUUGCCGAUGAUGCGCGGUUUAGCUGGGAUAACGAUCAGAAGAACGGCUCCUACCGUCUCUCCAUCCGCUCUGCCACCGCUGCCGAUGAGGGCACGUACCGAUGCGUGGCCAGCAAUGAGAGUGGCUCGGCUACGACGAAGAGUUUUGUCCGGAUUGAUGAAUUCACCCCAUCUACAAUCACCUCCCGACCCGAGCCGCCCCGCUUCUCGAUCAAGCUGGGCGACGCGCGAGCCGUUGAAGGGCAGCCCCUGCACUUUGAAUGCAAGAUCGAGGGCUCACCCUUCCCGGAAGUGACCUGGUUCAAGGACGGCGCCCGAGUAACACCUGGGCCAAGAAUCCAACUCUCUGUCGAUCCCGCGACCGGAACUGCGUCGCUCCACAUUCCAAGCUGCAACAUGGACGAUGAAGGUAUCUACCGUGUUGUUGCCACAAACCCCGCCGGAAGUGCCCACGACAAGGGCCAGGCUACGGUUAAGCGAGCACCGAAAGACCAGCAGCCAUCCGGCGCAUCGCCUUUCGGAGGCGCUCCUGCAUACGAGCAGGGCAAGGCUCCCAAGCUCAUUGACGCGCUCGAAAACGCACGACUACCCGAAGGUGACAACUUCACACUCCGAUGCAAAUUUGCCGGCGAUGGCUUGUCGGUGAAGUGGUAUAAGGAUGGAGAACGGUUGUUCCCCUUCGGACGGGUGCAAAUUGCUGACCUGCCCGACGGCGUCUACGAGCUGCGCGUCGAGGGUGGUCAACGACAGGACACCGGUGCCUACCGGUGCGUGGCCGAGAAUGCCUACGGAUCUGCACGUACUGCCGGUGAUGUCAAUGUGCAACGUGGAGAGCGACGAGCUCCCUCUACGGAACCAUCGAGGGCAGGUCGUGCUCCGGGCUUCACGAUUCCGCUCACUGUCAAGAGAGUGAAAGAAGGCGAGCCAGCCACACUGGAAUGCUUGCCCUUCGGCGAGCCGUUCCCUACAAUCAAGUGGUUGAAGGACGGCAUUGAACUUGUUGCGGAUGAGCGGAUUUUGGUGGGUUUCGUGGAUUUUCGCUCGUUGGAAUUGAACUCGCGACAGGAA